CAACAGCAAAACACUGAAGCACAAAGCAGGAAGUGGGGAGCUGCUGAUAAACAGAAGUCUUGAAGUUGUGACAUUUGAGAGAGAGAGAGAAUAGUGUUACUGACAGCGGAAGAUUUAUAUGUCAUAUAAUCACAAAUAUCAUACAGUUCUAUGGAAAUGAAGGGCGAGAUGGAGCUGCUGCAGAGGGUGAGCGCGCACCCAGACUCGCGCUGUUGGUACGUCGCGUGGAACCCCGCGGGCACACUGCUCGCGUCAUGCGGCGGGGACCGCGCGAUAAGAAUAUGGGGUAAAGAAGGGGACAGUUGGGAAUGUAAGUGUGUCAUGGCUGAUGGUCACCAGCGUACGGUAAGAAAGGUGGCCUGGUCGCCCUGCGGGAAGUAUCUGGCAUCAGCAAGCUUUGAUGCUACAACAUGCAUCUGGAAGAAGACGGAAGAUGAUUUUGAGUCCCUGACAGUGUUAGAAGGUCAUGAGAACGAGGUGAAGUGUGUGGCCUGGGCUCCAUCUGGAAACUUACUGGCCACCUGCAGCAGAGACAAAAGUGUUUGGAUCUGGGAAGUGGACGAGGAGGAUGAAUACGAGUGUGUAAGUGUUGUGAAUUCACACACGCAGGACGUGAAGCAUGUCGUUUGGCACCCGACACAGGAGCUUCUUGCAUCAGCCAGCUAUGACAACAAAGUGUGCAUUUAUAAAGAGGAAGAUGAUGACUGGGAAUGUAGAGCCACGCUAGAGGGACACGAAUCCACUGUCUGGAGUUUGACCUUUGACCCUGAGGGACGAAGAUUAGCGUCUUGUAGCGAUGAUCGUACCGUGAAGAUCUGGAAGGAGUCAACUUCUGGAGAUGGUUCGUCAGAUGAGUCCUGGAAGUGUAUAUGUACCUUGUCUGGAUUCCAUGGGAGAACAGUAUAUGAUGUUGCAUGGUGUCGUCUGACCGGUGCCUUGGCCACAGCGUGUGGCGAUGAUGGAGUCCGUGUGUUCAAAGAAGACCCCACUGCCGACCCAGAGCAGCCCAUCUUCUUCCUGACGGCCCACGUGCCUAAAGCCCACAAUCAGGACGUCAACUGCGUGUCCUGGAAUCCAAAGGAGGCGGGACUGCUGGCCACCUGCAGCGACAACGGAGAGUUUGCCAUCUGGAAGUACAACUCUGAUAACUGAGCUGGUGAAUGAAACUUGAUCGCACAAAAGCACUGUAUUUCAAAUGCUCAAGUGGCAUCAUGGGUCAUAACAAUAGCUGUUUUUAUUCUGAGUACUGAAAAUGUGUGUAUUGGCAGCACUGGUCAAAUGGAAUGAAAGACAAUACACUUUUCAACUGGCCUCAUUCUGUUGUAACUUUUCAGAAUUUCUUAACCACGCGGGUAUAUUUUAGCUUCGCCUGUGGCUUAAAAUACCUCCAGCGCUUGGAUGAAAUAAAGCCUUUUGAUUCUGAAGAUAAAACAUACUCAUUUUUAGUUUUAACAUGUCAUAAACCAUCAGUUUGUAUUGAUAUUAAAUGCUUUCAAAGUC